UACAAGCGGUGCCCUUCCAUAGCCUGAAGACUGAGCAUAUGCGAAGGCGGUGUUUGUGGUAUAACCUUCGGACAACGACUGUGCUUUCAUCAAGAAGCGUGCGUGUAUGCAGUGACUAAGCACCGGCGUCCUUAAUUUGACUAUGCGCCGACAUCACUUGCUCUGUUUGGUCACGGGCUACAUGCUGCUUUUCUUGCUAGUCAUGCAUUUCUUCGGCUUGAGCACAGUUCGGCGAAAAGCAUCCAACAUCGCCACAAGAAACAUUUAUUGGGUCAGUAGCAAGCUAAAGAUUUCUGGCCAAGAAUUAUUUUCCCUCGGGAAUGUUAAGAAGGCUGAAAAUGGAUCGGAUGUCUUCCGAAUAGCUGUUGUUAAUAGCUCUGCAUUGAACAAAUCAACAAGAGAGCGUUGUCCUAUCACACCUCCAAAUUUAGUAGGCGACUUGCCGGUAAAGUGGCGUGUCCCGUCUCUGGACGUGAUGCACAAGGAGUUUCCUCACGUGACCGAGGGUGGCCGCUUCGCUCCCAAGGAGUGCACCUCAAGGCAUCGCGUAGCCAUCCUUGUUCCUUAUCGUGACCGUGCGGUGCAUCUCAAGUUCUUCCUCUUCCACAUGCACCGGCUCCUGUCCCGGCAGCAGAUCGAUUACGGCAUCUUCAUCAUCGAGCAAGCAGAUAAGUCACCGUUUAAUCGUGCCAAGCUUUUCAACGUUGGCUUCGUCGAGUCGACAGCGCUCUACGAUUACCAGUGCUUCGUGUUCCACGACGUCGACCUGCUGCCCAUUGACGACCGCAAUUUGUACACGUGCCCGACGCAACCAAGACACAUGUGUGUUACUAUAGACGGCGAGUCGGGCGUAUUUUACCGUCAGAUAUUCGGUGGCGUUACUGCAAUGACCAAGGAGCAUUUCUUGCGUGUAAAUGGAUAUUCGAAUAUGUACUGGGGGUGGGGAGCUGAAGACGACGACAUGUUUAAAAGGUUGAGCUUCGAGGGUUUGAUGAUUUACAGGAGGUCCCCUGACGUGGCGAGAUACACUUCCCUUUUGCAUGUCCACACCACCAUUACCAACAAUAGAAGCUUGGAGCUUCUCGAAGCAUGGGACAAACGGGACAAGACAGAUGGUCUCAACAGCCUGGUCUACGAGAGGCUACACAUAUCCUUCGAGAAAUUGUACACAUGGUUAAAGGUCGACCUGAAAGAAGGAAACUAAAGCUCGAGUGCCACUGAAUGCCAAAUGAAUACCAAAUGGCCUUCCCCGUGACAUAACAGCCAUCACGUGUUCAUCAACCUUUGCGGACAACUUAACUGCAUAUUGUUUAUCAUGAAGAUCAUUCUCUGUAACCUUUAUUUGUAAACCCACCCCUUAUAUAAUACCCCCCUAACCGGGGUCUAAGGUAAUAAAAUGAAGU